AUGGCGGGCGCGCUGGUGCGCAAGGCGGCGGACUAUGUCCGGAGCAAGGACUUCCGGGACUACCUCAUGAGCACGCACUUCUGGGGCCCAGUAGCCAACUGGGGUCUCCCCAUCGCCGCCAUCAAUGACAUGAAAAAGUCUCCGGAGAUUAUCAGUGGGCGGAUGACGUUUGCCCUCUGCUGUUACUCUCUGACGUUCAUGAGAUUUGCCUACAAGGUGCAGCCUCGCAACUGGCUCCUGUUUGUGUGCCACGCCACCAACGAGGUGGCCCAGCUCAUCCAGGGCGGGCGGCUCAUCAAAUACAACAUGAAUAAGAAGGCAGCAGCGUGACCGGGCAGGGAGGCUCCGUCAUCAGGACAGGACGCCCUGCUGAGGAAGACCCGCUGAGUGCUGUGUUACUAACCCAACCAUUUCCACCCACAGCGAGAGCCCCUGAGCCCCUGACCCGCCCCACUGCCUCCCAAGUACUGACUACUCUCCUCCUCCCCCUAACCAGCCGUCACACAGGCAGUCAUUCCGUGAUCCCAGCGAUGCUUUCUCUGAGGCCGUGUUAUCUGUUACAAUUUGCUGAACGCGCAAUGGAAGAGAACAAAGCCUGCGACCCUCAGACCUGGGUGCUCAGAGCUCUGGCUUGUUCCGUAACAACCAUGAGACAACCCCAGCUACACCCUUCAGGGCUCACCCCAGGGUCUGAAGCGUGUCCCUUUCCAUGCAGUGUGUAUUCUGAAAUGCUGUGACUUAACGGCAAUAAAUGACUUAAAUAUUUGUCAGUGAGAA